AUGUCCGCUCCUACCAAGACCCAAAACUGCCUGGUCCCCUAUGUCGACAUAGACGCCGUCCCGGCGGAGGUUGCAGCGGCCAUCACGCACCUCCCCUACCGGCGCAACAUCUUUUACCUGCUCGGGCACUCGCAUGGGUCUUUCCCACGGCUCAUGAGCGUCUACGCAAACUUCUUUGACGGAACCCGGCGCAUCCUCCCGCUGCUCGACUGGCAGCUCGUCGUCCUGCGCAUCUCGGCCGCCCUCGACGCCGAGUACGAGUGGGAUGUCAACGCCCCCGUGGCCCGCAUCAACGGCAUGCCAGAGGAGAAAUUUGCAGCUCUCAAGCGCAGCGCCGGUGGGGGUGCGGAGGCCCUGGCGAAGGAGGCCAGCUUCACGGAACGCGACCGCGCCAUCUUGCAGCUGGUCGAUGAGCAGCUCGCUACAUACACCAACACUGAGAAGACAGUGCAACAGGCUAAGAAGCUGAUGACGGUUGAGGAGUUGGUUGAGGUUUACAUUGUGUUGGGUGUUUAUGCGCUCAUUGCACGCAUCACCAAGGGGUUGCGCAUUGAUUUGGAUGGUGAGAUUCCGGGGCUGGAGGAGCACUUGAACAAGGUCGUUACGCGGGAUUGA